GCUGGUGAGGGUGCGGACGCUAAGAACAAGAAGAGGAAACGCAAGGAUGGCAAGGUCAAGCUCACCAGGGGUGCCAACAAGCGUCAGAAGAUCACCUCGAUUUUCAAGUCCGACGUCUUGCACAAGUUGUGGGAGUUCCAGGAGCACAACGACCCCACACCUUUCCAGACCGAGGCUCAAGAGAUGGGAGUGAACCCGUCCUUGGUCUCGAAGUGGGCCAAGUCGGCUCAAGAAGUUCUGAAGACUGCAGCAGAGGAGCGAAAGAGGUUGACGUUCCGCCACUUGCCGCCACUUCGCAAGCACAUUUUCCGAAGAAGUUCGAGGCCGAGUCUGUGGAAGGAGAUGGAGACCGCAGUUCUGGAAAUGAUGAAGACGCGCAGGGACGAACAGAAGCGAAUCGGAACUGCGUGGAUAGCACGCAAAGGCCUCCAGUGGCUCAAGGACAACGACGCAGCGUUGACAUGGCGAGGUCGUCCUUUCAAGGAUGACAAAUGGGGUGCUUUCCCACCUGUCGCUCGCUUCAACUGCGACAGCACGGGCAUCAACAGCUUUUUGAUGCCAGACCACACCUAUGCUGGUGUGGCGGAGCGCAAGGAAGGCCGAGUUGCCGUGGACAACCCGGGGAAACACGGCAACAAGAGGGUGGCCACGCUGCACUUGACGCUGUGCGGAGACGAAGAGUCUGAGCUCUUGAGACCUCUGUUGAUUUUCAAGGGCAAAGGCCGGGUGCUGGACAAGGAAGUUGCAUUUUACCAUUCAUCAGUCAAAGUCGCAUUCCAAGAAAACGCGUGGCUCGACCUGCCUGUCCUCAAAACUUGGUACACAGAGGAGUUCCUGCCAUACAAGCAGGACAAGGUGGGUGACGCCAGGGCGCUUCUCUUGCUGGACAACCUCUCCACGCAGAGAGACGAGGGUCUGCUGAAGAUGCUGCAGGCAAAGAACGUGGAGUGCUUCUUUGGGCCUGCAAACUUGACACACCGAUGGCAGCCCGUUGAUCAGGGAUUUGCCGCGCACUUCAAAUCGCUCAUGAUGCAGGGACUUGAGGCAUACCUGGACAAGAACCCGGACGUGGCGACAGAUUUCGAAAGCGGCAACAUGGAGGCCCGGAAUGAGCGCAUCCUUCUCACUCAAAUUGUGGGGGAGGCCUUCCUCGAAAUUUGUGAUGCGAAGUACAACCGUGGUCGACGAGCCUACUGGGAAAAAACCGGAUGCUUGAUAGCCCGGGAUGGCAGCACAGACGAGUUCAUGAAGAUCGAAGGCUUGGGCAAGGAUUACAAGCCUUUUCCUCCAGGGACUCGUCUCGGCCCAAACUACCUGGACACGGCUCGCACCAUGUGCACAGGCGUCAGUGACCACAUCAUCGCUCAAGCUGCCGCAGGCGACGACGAAGAUGGAAGCAGUUCGAGUUCCUCAGGGUCAGAGUCCAGUUCUGACUCUUCCAGUUCCUCUGAGGCUGCGCCAGCUUCAGCGGCCGCUCCGCCAGGCAAGGCAAAAGCACCCCAACCCAAGAAACCUGCCGCCGCUUCUGCUGCAGUUCCGCCAGCCAAAGCAAAAGCACCCCAACCCAAGAAGCCAGCCGCCAAGAAAGCUGCAGCGAAACCGAAGCCGGAAGAGAAGAGUGCCGGUAAAGCUAAAGCUCGUUCCAGACCUUUGCGGCCUCUGCUUCCUCACGCACCCAAAGGGCCAAGCCACCCGUGGGUCGGGCACCGCGUCUGUACCACAGACGAGGUGACACUGGAAGCAGUGAGGUUGCCUCAAAAAGACCUGGUCGUGAACGGAUUUUGCGAGGCCAUCGACGGCGACAAGGCCUUCGUCAUGACUGGCGGAGGGUUGAAGGAAGUACCACUAAAGUGGUUGAAGCUGGACGACUAG